AUGCUGAGAAGAUCUAUACUAGGAACUUUUACACGAUUACAGUCGACAAUUGCCAAACCAAGUGCUCUGGGUGGUGUAGGUGCAGCAGAAAGUAGUGUGAUUCCACCCACCGUACCAAAUGUUGGUAACCAAUCUCAGAAGACUGAGGAAAGUACGAUCCCACUGACUGUUAAGGCCCUGGACUACGUGCCGACGAGAAUACCGGUGAAACAUGGACACUUGAUCGCAGACAUCCAGUUGCGUUCCUAUGAGACAUCGAACCUGAAAUUUUAUAUAGAUUUUAUUCAAAGGGCAGCGUUUUACCUGGGUGUCCCCAUGACGGGGCCCAAGCCGUUACCCACGAGGAGAGAGAGGUGGACGGUCAUCAGGUCCCCAUUUGCCCAGGCAAAAUCAAAGGAGAACUUCGAAAGGUCCACGCAUAAAAGGUUGCUGAGAGUGUGGGAUACGAAUAGUGAAGUCUUGGAGAUGCUACUUGCUUACAUCACGAAACAUUCUGUCGCUGGUGUCGGUAUGAAAUGCAAUGUCUUCAAAAGAGAACCUCUCAAAGCUGACUUUGAUAGUGUAGAUCUGCCCCAACACGACACAGACGCUGUAGAGAAUGACCUCGUUAAUCGUAAGAUUAUGGAACUACUAAACAGUGAGACACCCAAGAAGUGA